CAUAAAAGUUAAAGCUCUACUUUUGAUUUCCAAAACUAACUAGCCAUUUAGCCGAAUGACUCACGCAGCCAUCCCUAGGGACCCAUAUCACAGGAGGAAGUAACUAUUUUGAAACGCAAAAGGGAAUUAGGAACACAGACGACCGCUAGCGAUUGGCACGCACCUUUCAUUUUGCCGCGUAAGUUUGCCUGUUUUGGGAUGCCACCAUCAUUUUUUAUUUAUUCUAUCGGCAGCGGGGUCGGAAAGUAAGAGGGGUGUCCUAGGUGUUAGAUGAAAUGGAAAGCACACUCGAGAGAAUAUUUGGAGCACGUGCAGCAGCAAGUACAUUUCAGCACUUGAUGUGAUUUUAUUUACAUGGAAGACACACGACGGCUAGUGAGAGUGGGUGCCGUUUUCCAAGGAAAGUCCUACGCAGACAUGUUGGCGCCUGACCGAACGAUUGGUAAAUAUUUAUGCCCGAGAUGCCCGCGUCUAGAAUCAUCCACAGACGUGAAACUGGGUCACCGGUCGAAAAAAGCGGUUGGAACAUAAGCCCGUAUAGAGAGAGCGAAAUGUUGAUAAGGAUAGUCAGCCGAGGAUUUAUGUAAGCCGAAUCUGCUGUAGCCAGGAUAAUGACGGCUUCGAUACCGACUCGGCCUCCUAGGAUGGGAACACAUAUGCAUACAGAUGGCUAUAAAACGGUGGUUGAGACUGUUCAACAAUAUAUAUAUUUUAUAUGUAUGGUCGCAUAAAUCUCCAUAAGUACGUUGCAAACUUGUGACUAAAGUCAAUAUACAAUCGGCAAGGAAAAAGUAUAGAAUACUGCUAAAGUAGGCGGGGCUAUACUACAUUUUCAUAAGGCACUAUUCGAAAUUAGUUUUCUUGAAACGCUCAGAGAGUAAAUGUUAAGCACAAAUAAUUUAGGCUACUGUAAGUUUAGAGCGACAAGAUGAUCGAUAUUUUGUCGCUGCCGCGGCGAAAUAAGGUGUCCGGAAACCCGGCCCUGCUGAAGAUGAUAUCCUACAAGACUGGACUUCCCAUCAACAGUCUACCCGGAUGGGAGCUGAUCCCUCUUAACUGCAAGCUGCCAAUGCUCAAAUGUCCCGGCAAUCAGGUCAUAUUCUCCAAGAACAAGAUCGGACAGGACUUCAAGAGCGGUAAACAGGAGUUUGAGUGCUCCGUUACCGAGCACAUCCCGGAGUACAAUCCGCUACACGACUCCAACCUAAAGACGUUCUACUCCAACGAGCGCAAUCUGAAGCGGUUGAGGGAAAACGGAGAGAUAACGCAGGACAACGAUGUCAUCUGCAAUCUGAAGGACUUCAAUCAGCAUCGCCAGGAGCUGCACAAAUCGCAGUUGUACUACAUUUUGCAGGCAUACAAGCGCCGCGAGUCGGAGCAAUAUGAUCGAAUGCUGAUCGCCAACGCAGAGUCCAUCACAAAGAAGGAUCACCAGAAUCUCGCAGCCCGUCACCAGUGCACUGAGGAGGUUCUUGCCAGGAAGAAACUACAGGAGCAGGAACGCCACGAAAGAAAGGUCCAUCUGCUGAAUAUCACAUAUGAGAAGUUUAAGCGCUUGGAGAACCUGGCCACCAUGCAAAAUAUGUUGCUGGAGCACCGCAAGAUGCUGACAAACAUGCGUGUAGCUGCCCACAUAAGCAUGUGCCAGGAUUUGAUGAGAAAGCUAUUGAUCAAACAGAAGAAGCUCUUCCAGUUCAAAAAGGAUCGGUUCAACAAAAACAUGCGAAUCCUGAGGAAACAAAGGCUGGUAAAGAACACUGAGCACCAGAUUCAGUCGUGGAGGAAGCGACUUGAUGAGCGAAUUGCUAAUCAGCGUAGGAUCGAAUACCUCCUGCAGGAAGUGGAAAAAGAGCGCGAGGCGUUUAUAGACAGGCACAAAGCUCAUUAUAGGGAAAAGUGGCAGCGGAUUCAGGACGAGAUUAAAGAAAGAGCUCAAAAGGCCAUCACUGCUCGUCAACCCAAAAGAAAGCGCCGCAAGAAGAAGAAGUCGACACUCCAGGAACGAAAGCCAUCCUUCUGCGAUGAGUAUCAGGCCACCUUUGAGGGAUUGUUAGACAGUGACCUUUGUUACGCCUUGAAUGCAGCCAUUGCCAUGGAGGGUCAGACCGCUCUCAGUUUCGCACCAGACGACCCCAUCUAUAAGGCGGCACAAUACAUACUGGACUACAUAAUUUCUGGCUUAAACGAUGAUCUCAGCGAGGACGAGUGUGCCUUGCAGGUGCUGAUUUCGCGAAUUAAGGAUUUUGUCUGCGAUGCAAAGAAAUAUGUGCACUACAAAGCUUAUCAGAUCAUUGGAUUCGCCAGAGACCACAAAGCCAUGGAAGUGCCGCCAUCGAUGGCCAAGCAGCCCAAGAACCACUCGCGCGCCUCCCAUGUGUCGUUUAGCGGCGUAGCCAGCACCAUUGGCGUGGGCAGCUACGAGAUUCAUCCGUUCGUGGACGUCCGUCCAUGCAGCGAACGUCGGGCCACUCCGGCGGGAUCAUUAGCCUCUCUGGUAGUCAGCCAGAUCGGGGAACAGGUAAUACAGGACAAGGUGCGCCUGCCGCAUCUAAAUCGCAACCAGAUCGUGUUCAUAGAACACUACCUGGUGAAGUUCAAGCGGGAUCUACUGGUGGGUCUGGACAAGCUUGUCUUUGCAGCGAUUCAGUGCCACUUUGAAAACCGUAUGAUGGAGGUACGCGAGGAGCUCCUGCUGCUUGACAGGAACUAUUUGUUCGAGCAGAUUGCCAGGGGCAUCCUCAGCUAUGCGGUUAAUCCGCUUAACUAUCAGUCGGUGCUUAAGCUGGCCGUGAGCGUCCAGUCGUGUGAAAUCAUCUGGGAGCUGCAGCAGACGAUGCUCAAGCCAGGCAUCGAUCCCCGGGGCCAGAAUCACCCAGUGUCCUGCGGCACCGAACAGGAACGCGAGACCCUGGCUCUCUGCAUACCCUAGGAUCCUGUCAAGCAGACAGGGGAAGGAAAAUGGAUCUUAAAGCAGGAUGCCUUAGCUCCGGCGGGACGUAGCCCUAAAAAUUACUUGUAUAUUUCGUUUCCGAGGCACUUACAUACUUCAGAGUCCAGGAAUAUUCAUUUUAAAUAUGAUGUCCUAAAUUUAUGUACUAUACUUUCUUUUUUCGUUUAAAAUGCUUCCUUAUAAAUAAGUUGCGUAUAACUUCA